AUGCUGCAAGCGCCGAACAACGAGCUAUCCUUGCCUCCCCUCCCACUCUCGCUACCUGUCGUUGUGAAGAGAGAAGAAGACGACCGAUUGGGUGCCGAACAAAACUUGUCUUCGAUUUCAAUGCCGCCACCGCCAGCCCCGACCCUGUUCGCGCCACGGGAGGAGAUGCCGCCGUCAUUGCCCUCGAUGCCCAUCCUGAGAGGCUACUGGAAUGACUCGCAUGAGCGGUCACCGUACGGUAGAAUGGACGGGAUGCCCGCUUCUCCCGUGGCGGGCCUUGUUGGGUUACCGAACGGCCACGGCAACGGGCGGUAUUCUCCUCCCAGUGGCCACCAUCGCGCUCCCAUUGGCAACCCCAGACCCCAUUCAAACUCGGCAGCUGCCACCUCCUCCCCAAACGUUGAUUUUUCUGGUCUUCUUACGAUGCACGACCUGACGUCAGCCUCGGGCACUACUCCCGCUCAUGGGAAUCCCUCAUCGUCGUCUGCCGGCCGGCAUUUCCGCCCUUCAGACGAUUGGCUCACGAAUGGUGGCCCCCACGGGUCGCAUGGCUGGCCGGGACCAAACCCUAGUUUAUACGAUGACAAGUGGUCGCGUUAUGAACGCUCUUCUUCUUCGACGACAACGCCCUCCGAUUCUGCCUCGCCAUCCUCCUACUUCAUGUCGCCUAUGAAUGGAACUCCGACCCUGCCCCCAAUGAUCAUGCCCCCUCAUCCAAAUCCUCCUGCUCCCCGUCGCCAGAGCCAGAAUGGCCAGACAAAAAAAGAGUGUUUCCAUUGUCACGCGACCUCGACUCCCCUCUGGCGACGAGAGCCACAAACUCAGCGACCGCUAUGUAAUGCGUGUGGUCUCUACCUCCAGCAACGAAACAAGCUUCGCCCUCAAGAACUUAUUGACGCUGACAGAGACGACUAUGAAGAUAAUCCCGUUAACCGCAUCCCAGAUGAGGAAUAUACGGGGCCCAAAUGCAGUCAUUGUGGCACUAGACAGACGAGUGUUUGGAGGCGGAGUAAAACAGGACAGCAGGUUUGCAAUGCCUGUGGAGUGUACCAACGUCUCAAGGGCAAGGAGCGGCCGCUUAGCCUGCGGAGGAACAAGGUCCGGCCGAGAACCAAGCACACUACGCCUAGUUCAUGA